AUGGAGUAUUUCGAAUACUGGAAGUGCUAUACAAAUGCCAAGCGCACCAAGAAAGUUGGCAUUGUGGGUAAAUAUGGUACUCGAUAUGGAGCUUCCCUGAGGAAGAUGGUGAAGAAGAUUGAAAUUAGCCAGCACGCCAAGUAUACCUGCUCCUUUUGUGGCAAGACAAAAAUGAAGAGGAAAGCUGUGGGUAUCUGGCACUGUGGCUCUUGUAUGAAGACGGUGGCUGGUGGUGCCUGGACAUACAACACGACUUCAGCGGUGACGGUGAAAUCUGCUAUCCGUAGACUGAAGGAGUUAAAAGACCAGUAGAAAACUCUUUAUCUCCUAAUGUAUUACAUUCUUCCUCCAGUUUCUCAGUUCAUUUUGUCAAUUAAAGGUGGUUGUGAAUCUGG